GCAUUUUAGUUCUGCUAUCUGACAACUUGUUCAUAGUCAGUUUUAUCCUGAAGGAUUAUCACCAUUAAUCAAAUUAAUAGCUAUUGAAUAACCAACCAUCAUGAAGUCGUGCGCUGUCUUUCUGCUUUGCAUGUUUAUGUCCAUGGUUCUUUCCAUUUCGGCGGAAGAAUUAUCAGUAAAUGAUGCUGAAAAUCUUGGAGAUAAAUUUAAUCUCGGUGAUGUACCCGAUUUGAAGGACAUGGACGAAUUAAAAGAAGAAAAACAAGAGGAAAUAGAUGAACAAAAAUCCAAGGAAAGUGAUCAAAAAGUCAAUGAAUUGCUUAAAGAAGCUAAAAGAAUAGAAAAAGAGAUUGAAUCUUUAAAUAGACAGCUCGAUAAUGAAGUAAAGGAUGCGAAGGACCUUUCAGAAACAAAAAGCAAUCUUGAGAAUGAGAAAAAUGGAAUGAGUUCACUCUCUGAGGAGGCAUUGGAAGAUAAGGAAAUGUCUGAUGAAUCAGAUAAAAGUCCUGAAUACGAGUAAAAUUUUCAGGAGAAAGAAACUUUCUAACAAAGUGUAAGGAUAAUGAUUAAGGUUAUAGACAUCCUUUCAAGUAUUUUACAUUAAAUUCAGUGAUAAUAUUCAUUAGCUACAAAAGCUUAAAUUCAUGAUUUCACUACCGUAGCUUUGGACAUUAGUAGCCUUUUAGUUUUUCUUAAUUUAGCUUUAGACUUGAGACGUCUUGCUCUAAUCAGUGAACAACAAUGCUUGUAAAAUUCAAUGAACAACUUUAGCUAAGUAUUUUCUACUGGUCAAAAUAUGAUUUGGAAGAAAAAUUUUCAACGGAAUUUUAUUGAAUUAUGUUUAUGAUUGUAAUAGAAAUUAAUUGGAACAAUGACAGCAAAUGUAGCA